AUGCCCGGACCCUCGUCGUCGCUGCUGCGCGGCGGCCCCUCCAGGCUGCUGGCCGCCACCGCCGCCGCCGCCUCGCGCCGCCGCCUCCUCCUCCAACAGCCGCGGAACGCCCGGCUCCUCGCGACAGCUUCGGCCGUGAACCCCGUCUCGCGCAGCCACCGCGUCGUCGUCGUCGGCGGAGGCAGCGCCGGCCUGGUCAUCAGCCACCAGCUGCUGCGCUCCGGCAAGUUCGCCCAGCACGACAUCGCCGUCGUCGACCCGGCCGAGUGGCAUCACUACCAGCCCGGCUGGACCCUCGUCGGCGGCGGCCUCAAGUUCAAGGAGGACCUGCGCCGCCGCCUCGACUCCCUCGUCGAUCCCAACAUCCGCUUCUACAACCAUGCCGUCGGCGCCUUUGCCCCCGAGAGCAACGAGCUUACCCUCGCCAGCGGCGACCGCCUGAGCUACGACCAGCUCGUCGUCGCCCCCGGCGUCGGCAUCAACUACGGCAGCGUCAAGGGCCUGCCCGAGGCCCUCGCCGACCCCCAGAGUCUCGUCUCCUCCAUCUACGGCUACGACCACUGCGACAAGGUCUUCCGCACCGUCGACAAGCUCAAGGCCGGCCGCGCCAUCUUCACACAGCCCGCCGGCGUCAUCAAGUGCGCCGGUGCGCCCCAGAAGAUCAUGUGGCUUGCGCUUGAUCACUGGAAGCGCGCCGGCCUCUACAAGCCUGCGUCCGCCGACUCCCCCAUCCAGAUCAGCUUCGCCACCGGUCUGCCAGUCAUGUUCGGCGUGCCCAAGUACAGCGCCAAGCUGGACGAGCUGCGCAGGGAGCGGGGCGUCGAGGGCCUGUUCCAGCACGACCUCGUCGCCGUCGACGGCAACGUCGCCACUUUCGCCCGCCCCGACGGACAGGAGCAGGUCACGAAGCGCUUCGACCUCUUGCACGUCGUGCCCAAGAUGGGCCCCCACGCCUUCGUCAAGAACAGUCCCCUGGCCAACGAGGCCGGCUACGUCGACGUCGACGACGCCACGACGCGGCACAAGAAGUACCCCAACGUGUGGUCCGCCGGCGACGCCUCCAGCCUGCCGACGUCCAAGACGGCCGCCGCCAUCACCGCCGAGGCCCCCGUCCUCGUCCGCAACCUGCUGCGGUCUACGGAGGGCAAGGACCCCGACGCCGUGUACGACGGCUACACCUCGUGCCCGCUCCUGACCGAGUACGGCAAGGUCCUCCUCGCCGAGUUCAAGUACGGCGGCGUUCCCAAGGAGACAUUUGACGGCUGGCUCGGCAUCGACCAGGUCGAGCCGCGCCGCGCCUUUUACCACCUUAAAAAGGACUUUUUCCCCUGGGUCUACUACAACUCCAUGGUCAAGGGCACCUGGGGCGGGCCCAAGGGCUGGGUCAACUGA